AUGGAUACACCAAAGCUUCCCUGGUUCUCUCAUCGAGAUGACCCCAUUCUGUGGGAUUAUAAUCAGGACACAACAAGCGUCAUGGCUGGACAGAGGUUAGAGAGCACUAACCGACGAGAUGGGAUGAUCGGUCAACCUCAAUUCCGAACGAAUUUCUCAUACCCAAGGCCGGAGGUCCAGGUAUCCAAACAUGAGUCGGUUGACAGCCGGUCGUCGUUGAACUCUGCUGGCUCUAUGCCGAGCAUGACGGAUGCCUCAGAUUCUGAAGUUUCUGUGGACGACGACUACCAAUACAACACUUCCGCCAGUGAGCUCUGGGAUAGCUUCUGGCCGGCAAGGGUGGUUAGACAGCCGCCGAUACAGAAGUCCCAAAGCUCAAGCGUCCUUCAAUCACACACAUCUGACUUCUUCACCAUCGACUAUUACACAUCAAAGGCAGCAGAAGCCGAAGAUGACGCCGUUACCAUCACCGGACAAGACGUUCAAGAGUCCAUGUCUACGCAGUGGCCACUGCCAAGAUCAUCACCUUCGCGACAGAAGACUGCAAAGGCCCCAGUGACUUACUCGGUCUAUCCGAAACCCUCGCCAAUCCCGCCUCGCUUGACCAUCCUACCACCCCGUACUUCGUCUCUCACUCCUGAGUCGUCCCUUACUGCAAAAAGACGACUGAAGGGCAGCAAAUCCAUUGCGAAUCUGAAGCCCAGUAGAUCCAAUGUGAGCCUCUACUCAGCCCUCGGUUUGUCACCAACAUCACCGAGCUUUGGUGGCCAACAAACACAAUCAAUGCCUGUCUCUCCAAUUGAUACAGCCCCGAAGCUUCGCCCGUCAGCAUCUGCUCACAACAUACGGGGACUCGCACUUCCCACUUCGGCUGCUCCUCCGGUACCCGAGUUGCCAAACAUGCCCGGUUUGCAGCACUCUUGCCCACCACUGGAUAGGAUUGUCUCAGUCUUCGAGCUUGACUCGGAUAACGAGCGCGACGGAGACUCGAAUGGCUUUGCGAAACGCUUGGCACGAGGCUUGCAGCACAAAAAGAGCAGUCGGGACAUCAAUCACAAGAAGAGUGCGAGCGAAAAGCGCAGCAGUGGCGACAAAAAGGCUCCGGAAGUCCAAGUGGGAAGCGACGGAACCCAGAGCCUGGGACGCAAAAGAGGCGGAUCACUUGGCCGCAUUCUUGGCCUGAAGAGCAAAUGA